AUGUUCGACAAGCCUUUCCACGGGAUUCAGGCUGCAGUUGAGUUCCUGGCGUCGCCAAACCCCUCAAUCCGUGCCGCUCGACCAGAGCCUGAAUCCAUUAUCCACUCAACCUUCAUCGACAGCUGUCCGCCUCCUCAGCGUCAAGACUCAACAGUCAUGGCAGCCCAUGCUACAGUGACUGCCAAUCUACUGGCGUCCCUGAGUCCCUUGACGAUCGGGCUCUCCGUUGUCUCGAUCCUACUGCUUAAAGCCGCUCACGGACUGACCACCGACCGUCUUCGCCACAUCCCAGGCCCUCUCAUCGCUCGUCUCACCCCGAUCUGGUACUGGUACAUUGUCUGGAGAGGCAUCGAAUGCCGAGCCAUCGCAGUGCUACACAAGAAAUACGGACCAGUCGUUCGCAUUGCGCCCAACGAAAUCGACAUAUCCGACGGAGCGGCCGUCGCUCCUAUAUACAUCGACAACGGCGGCUUUCUCAAGCAUCCGGCAUACAGAAACUUUGACAUCAACGGCUUUCCGACCAUCUUCUCAGUCACUGACCAUGCGCAUAGAGCAGUCCGGGCAAAAGCAGUGGCGCCUCUAUUUGCGCAGCAGGCGAUCAACAACAGCAAACCGGCCAUGCGGAGGAUCAUCGACACUACACUGUCUGGAUUAGAACGCAGAAAGUCUCUUGCAAACGGCAAACCAGUAGAUCUAUUGGACUUGUUUCGCUGCAUGGCGAUGGACGUGAUGACCGAGUAUCUCGUUGGGGAGUGCUUCCACAGCGUCGGCAGCAAAAGACUCAGUGUAGCAGGCUUCGUCGACGGCUUCGUUGCAGCCGGACGCUUUUUCUACCUACCAACCCGGCUCUUCACUUUGUUCGAGUAUUGUGCUUCGAGAUUGAAUAAAAGUCAAGCGUUGAUCACCGCAAGCAUCGAUACUGUUCAGAGCUUCGCUACCAAGGUCGUGGAUGACAGCAUCGCUCGGGGUGAAAAGGCGACAUACCAAGGACGACUGCUAAAGGCUGGCAUAUCGCGAGAAGAGGCUAUCGCGCAAGUCAUAGACAUUAUGUUUGCAGGAACAGACGGGAUGGCGCGGGUCUUGGCCGUCUUUUGCUGGCACAUGGCUCGAGCCCCGGAGAAAUAUGACCGUGCUCGCAAGGAGAUCCUGCAGUAUCCUGAUACUGAUGCUCGAUCGCUCCCCUAUCUCUCCGGAGCAGUCAAAGAGGCUGCCCGUCUCGCCCUGGCAAAUCCCACUCGUCUUGCCCGGAUCGUCCCAUCCGGCGGCCUCAAAGUCCCCGGUCUGCCCAGCAUUCCCGCCGGCACGAGCGUUGGUAUCGGAGCAUACGCGCUGCAUCUGAACCCCGACGUCUUUCCAACGCCUUAUGACUUUCUGCCAGAGCGCUGGCUGGAGUGUACGCCCGAGAUGCUGCGAGAUAGCUUCUACUUUGGCAAAGGAUCACGGCAAUGCAUUGCGCGUAAUUUUGCGUCUGCUAUUGUGUGGUGGGGAGCUGAGGCUCUGGUUCGAAAUCGUGUGCUGGAUGGAGCGAAGCCUGUGAGGGAGAAGAUUGAGAUUGUAGAGUGGUUCAACAACGUAGAGGAACAUGCCACUUCAGAGCGAUGA